UAUUUAGACAGCUAAAAAACAAAACUCCAACAUAAUAAUAAUAAUAAUGAUAAUCCUUUUCUUGGGUCACAGACUUCAGAAAGCAUAUUUUUAAUUGAUGAUAAAUGUAGUCGUUAUGAAAUUAACAGUAAGUUGACUAUCUUCACUUCACUGGAGUUUUUGAUUAACUUAAACCGAACUUCGCAAAGUUAUUCAUUCCCUGCAGCUCUUAUAGACACCAUGACAGUCAACUUUAACACCAGCUGACCAAGGAAUAAAGUUUCCAAAGUUUUUGCUGCGCUAAUGGAAAGUGCGACCGCUUACACUGCUUGAUCGUACGGCUGAAGAACAGAGACCAUGGGGAAAUGGGAGUUCACAAUGGACCCAGUGCAGGAGUGGGGAGAGGAGGUGGAAGAUGGGGCCGUCUACGGGGUCACUCUUCACCGAGAACCCAUCCAACCCUCAGCUGACGCCGCUGAGAACGAUUCUGCCUUUGGCUUCAUGCAGUACCGCACACUGAAGGUCCGCAGGCUUAAAGCAGCCACUCUGGAGCGUCUUGUCACAGAAUUGGUGAACCCAGAGUGCCCUGACCCAGAUUACACGCAAAUCUUCCUUUCCACCUACAGAGCCUUUACCUGCACAAAUACUCUCAUAGAACUCCUGUUUCAAAGAGAGGACAUGGUCGCCAAUCUGGACAACAGUGUCUCUGUCAGGAGUUCUCUGCCCUGUCUGAUCCGGCUGUGGUUAGACGAAUAUCACGAGGACCUUCGGGACUCUCCGGAUCAACAGGCUCUCCGGCUGCUCUGUGUUCAUCUGCGUCAUCGCCUUUGUUUCAGACGUCUGGUUAAUCAAGCCGAUGCUCUUCUCAGAAAAUUUCAGACUGAAGACAAGCACAUGGGUACAUCAGUAGAUGCCACUGCUGCAGCCCUAGAGAGUCCAGAAACUAAACACACCAUGGACAGACGGGACACAGAAGAGAUGGGGGAUGUACUGGCCUUCCCAGCUCAAGACAUAGCUGAGCAGCUCACAAUAUUAGAUGCUGAACUCUUUGUCAAAGUGGUUCCGUUUCACUGCCUCGGCUGCAUUUGGUCUCAAAGGGACAAGAAAGAGAACCGGAAUCUAGCGCCCACGGUCCGUGCCACCAUUGCCCAGUUCAAUGCCGUCACUAACUGCGUUAUCACCUCUCUGCUGUGCCCUUCUGCCACAUCCUCUCCCGGCUCCCCAUCCUGCGGUCGUAGCAGCCCUACACACAGGGCAAUGAUUAUUGAGAAGUGGAUCUCUGUGGCUCAGGAGUGCCGUCAGUUGAGAAACUUCUCCUCUCUAAGAGCCAUCUUAUCUGCUCUUCAGUCUAACGCUGUCUACCGGCUAAAGAAAACAUGGGCGGCAAUCAGCAGGGAGAAUAUGACUGCCUUUGAUCAGCUGUGCGACACCUUUCCCGACGAGAACUGUGUGCUGAUCAAUCGAGAGAUCCUUGUAGAGGAAGAAAACCAGUCAGCAGAGGUAGACACUCACUCUGCACCAAAGUCUCCCAGACUUAGUCCUACAUCAAAGCACACGAACCCCCCCAACGGUGAGGUGCCGUACCUGGGCACUUAUCUGACAGUUCUCACCAUGUUGGACACAGCACUAAGUGAUAAUGUACAGGGAGGUCUCAUCAACUUUGAGAAGCGUAGAAAAGAGUUUGAGAUUCUGUCUCAGAUCCGGCAGCUGCAGGCUUCAUGUGCUCAGUACACUCUACAAUCACAUCCUCAUAUCAUUUCCUGGAUCAACAGCUGCAUGCCCCUUACUGAACAGAAGAGUUAUGAGUUGUCAAGAGAGCUGGAGCCACCAGUUGACCCCUGUCCAGGCUCUCCCAACCACUGGAGCCACCGGCUCAUCUCCAAGAAACUGACCUCAUUGCUGUCUGGCAGUGAGAACGUCUCAAAGAAAACUCUUGCGGAUCAGAUCAGUGUAUCAUCCUCUGGCUCCAGUGGCUCAGAGAUGGAAGAUCUCAGCAGCCCCAACCUCUCACCUCUUGGAUACAAAGUACGGUCACAGUCUGUAUCCUGUCACGACAUCUCAUUAGACACACCCACCAUCUCUGUGACUCCGCCCACCUCCUUUCGAAGAUCCCUACAGGCAGAUCUGUCUGACAGCCCCUCGCCUUCUUCAUCUGCAACCUCUUCAUCAUCUUCGUCAUCCUCUCCUUCUCUCCAGCUGCACGCUGCCCUUCAUCCAAUGUACAACAAGCAAGUUGCCGAUACUUGUAUUAUCAGAGUCAGCGUGGAAUUUGGGAACAGUGGAAACAUUUAUAAAAGUAUUUUGAUAACCAGUCAGGACAAGACAGCUCAGGUGAUUCAGAGAGCACUGGAGAAACACAACUUGGAGGAGAUGAACUGCCAGGAUUUUAGUCUCACACAAAUUCUUUCGAGUGACAAAGAGUUGCUGAUCCCAGACAAAGCCAACGUGUUCUAUGCCAUGUGCACCACUGCCAACUAUGACUUUGUGCUUCGGCAGCUUUACAAAAAUGUCAGCAGAGUGCCUGGUUCAUCCUGGAGUCCUGGAGCUGUACCGAAGGGACGCAAGUAACGUGAAUGACAACACAUAACAUGGUGGUGUAAUACAUGAAACUGUGAACGGUGAACAGAGACUACAUAACCACACUCACAAAAUAGCAAACAAAGAGCUGAUGUGGACAACUGCUGAAGAAUGCUCAGAUAAAUUGUAAAACAGACUGAAGGAUGCAGAAUUGAGUUUUGAAGCACUCAAGUUAUGAUAAUAUCUCACUCAAUAAUGUGUCAUUGACUAAUAACAAGGAAACCGUAGAAUUCUACAACAUUUUUAACCCGUUAAAACUGAAGGAAGGAAGACCCAGGGAAGUUGCAAUAAAAAGCUGCCAGUUUAUUCAAAGAUUUUUGCUUUGAAAUGGGAGGAAACAUCUAUAUGUAGGUGGAUGAACACAUUUGUUUUAAAUACAACCUACAAAUACAAGCUUUAAUGUAGCUAAUAUUCAGUGGUAGGUUAAAGCUGAAUAGAAAGAUGCAUAAAGUGAUUUAGGUCAUUUUUUUCUAAGUGACUAUGUUAAGAUAAUAUAUUUUAAUAUAAUUUUAAUAAAGAUCACAUUAUUUUAAUUGCAAUAUUUAAAUGUUUUCAUGCAUUUCAGUUUUAGAGUGUUUAAUUUAACUUUUAUAUGUGCACAUUAAUCUAUUUUUGUUUCCUUUCUGCACUUGUUUUUAGUUGUUUUUGAUGUGCAAUAAUCUCAAACCCAUCAACUGUUUCAAAAACUUUUUAAACUAUUUUUAAGACUUGUAAUAAUGGAAGAUGUUUGUAUGAUUUGUGGCAUUUGUGCCUGAUCUUUAUCCUAAUGAAGGAUGCUCGCACUUCAUUAUCACUUUUAGAAAUACUUUUCUUCUUUCUUUUUUUUUUUUAAAGUUGUUUUUCUAGUAGUGUCAAAUGAAGUUACUCGUCCAUAUUGGAUAUCUUGUGACUUUCUGAGCAAAUGCAUUUUGGAGAACUGAAGAGCACUGGGUGCACUAGAUGAAUCUCAUUGACUUUGUAUGUGUUUUGUGAAAGUUAAAGUAAGUUAGUUGCUGAAGUCUGUGAAAAGUAAGUGCUUGGUCUGUGUGGAAUAGUUUGCUGCCUGAAUGGUGGUGCAGCUGUUGUCUCUUGGAAAACUGUAAGUGUUUUUUGCCAAAUGGAAGAGGGUCUGAAUCAGCAUUAAAAGCGCACAUUUGCUGUUUGCACAGAAAGCCACAAUUCCUGACUGAAAUGUGUGUCUGUCUUUGUGUAAUUAAAAAAAUAAUUUGGCA